UUUUGACUAUUGAUGUUUGUUGAUCUUUUUUAAUUGAAAUUAAGUUGAUUUUUUAUGUCGAUUAAUUAUUAUUUUUUAUUCUGUUCUCACACCUUAACUACCGAUGGACAUUUCCCGUAAAAAUCCGACGGAUUAUGACCUCAUCCAGAGAGUUGGGAGUGGUACUUAUGGUGAUGUCUAUAAGGCUAAAAGAAUAUCCAAAAAUGAGCUAGCUGCAAUAAAGAUUAUUAAAUUAGAUCCCUUAGAGGAUUUUCGGGUGAUACAACAGGAAAUUGUUAUGAUGAAAGAUUGUCGCCAUCCAAAUAUUGUCGCUUUCUAUGGAAGCUAUUUAAGUAGAGAUAGAUUAUGGAUUUGCAUGGAAUAUUGUGGUGGUGGAUCACUUCAAGAUAUCUAUCUAGUUACUGGUUCACUCCCUGAGCCUCAUAUUGCAUUUGUGUGCCGAGAAACAUUGAACGGGUUAUUUUACCUUCACUCAAUGGGCCGAAUGCAUCGAGAUAUUAAAGGACCCAACAUUUUAUUAACCAAUGAGGGUGAUGUUAAAUUAGCUGAUUUUGGUGUAUCAGCUCAAAUAACAGCGACCAUUAAUAAGCGACAAUCUCUGAUAGGUACACCUUAUUGGAUGGCUCCAGAAGUGGCUGCCGUUGAAAAGAAAGGUGGAUAUGAUCAACAAUGUGAUAUAUGGGCUCUUGGUAUAACGGCCAUUGAAUUAGCCGAAAGACAGCCACCAAUGUAUGAUUUACAUCCGAUGAGAGCUUUAUUUCUUAUGUCUAAAUCAAGCUUUAAACCACCCACCCUGAAAGAUAAACACCUCUGGUCUCAAGAUUUCCAUAAUUUCAUUAAAUCAGCUUUAACCAAGAAUCCCAAGAAACGUCCAUCGGCGGAAAAGCUUUUGACUCAUCAAUUUGUCCAAGGUGAUCAUCUAAAUAGACGUUUAACCAAAGAGCUUAUUGAUAAGGCUCGUAAUCCACAUUCGUUUGACAUGCAUCUUCAUAACGAUCUUGAUCCAGAUGAAGUUGAAGAAAUUGUUUCCGUUCCUCGACGAAUACCUUCAAAGAAACCACCAUCAGCGCUUAAUGCAUCGCGUUUCAAUAGACCGCUUUCAGAAAUUAAAACCGAUGGAAUUGUCUUCAGACAAACAGAAUGGGAUGAUUACGCCGCCGAAAGUCCGAGUAAAUUUCCAGCAUCAGAUGAGUCUUACAUUGGUCUUUCAGAAGAGGAUCAUGACAGAAAUCUAUUGUGGCAAGAGAGUAGGAGUUUACUCGAAGAAAUGGAUGAAGAGCUGACUCAGAGAGGAGUUAAAACCAGUCUAACGGCUCUUUAUUCUACACAAUCAACACUUCCGGUUGAAUCCUUGCAACGAACCUCAUCAAAUCAAUUAUCACACCCGGGAUCGGACAGAUCAAAUCAUUCUGUCCUGUUUGGGAGGAGAGGAAAAGAAACCAAUGAAGGUCUACUUGAUACCGAAGGAUAUGGUUCAUCCACCUUUGUGCUUGGUAGCCUUCGUACAGAUUUUACCACCACCAACACCUCGAGCAACAACAAUUACGUAUCUCAAUUCAUCUCCAAUUACGAGACCCCAAGAUUUGAUAAAGAUGCUCUUAUCCGUUGGAAUAAUGAUACUCUUGAAAACUUAUUGGACGAGAUAUGUUCUGAGCGAGCUGACAAUACUAAUAACACUGACUUUGAGGAAUUUUCAACUCCACCAUCAACACCUAAGACUUUGAACGGUUCACCACCCGAUUCACCAUCAUCUUUAAAUUCAUUUGUCAAUCCUUCUUCUUCAACGCCAUCCACCGCCAAUGGAUCAAAUUCGCGGAGUGAUGACCAUCAACCAACCAUUUCAACCAGAUUAUCCAAUGGAAAUCAUUCUGAAAGCAAAAGGCAAAGUAUCAGCAGUUCAAGCGAAUUGGCCUCAGCUAAUCAACCACCUUCAGCACCUCCUCGUCGAAAGGAUAAAAGAUUAUUAACUAAGUUGAACUCAUCUCAACAAUCAUCUCAACAACAAGCCCAACCUUCACCAAGACAAACAAUCAAUGGUCUUCCACCGACUCCCAAGGUUCACAUGGGAGCCUGUUUCUCCAAAGUAUUUAACGAAUGCCCCUUGAUGAUCCACUGCUCAGCAAGUUGGAUUCAUCCUGAAACUCGUGAUCAACACAUUCUCCUCGGUUGUGAAGAAGGCAUUUACACUCUUAAUUUGAAUCAACUUCAUGACGCUUGUAUUGAUCAACUUUAUCCAAGAAGGACAACUUGGAUGUUUGUGAUUAAAGAUGUCUUAAUGUCUCUUUCUGGUAAAACCUCACAUCUUUAUCGUCACGAUUUAGUCGCAUUACAUAGUAAAAAUAGUCAUCGAUUCUCUUUACCCAUGGAUUCCAUGAUCAAUAAGAUUCCAGAACGGUUCGUCCCAUGGAAAUUGACCGCUACUUCAAAAAUCUCUGACACCAGAGGAUGUACCAAAUGUUGUGUUGCCCGAAAUCCUUACAAUGGGUACAAAUAUCUCUGUGGUGUGAAUCCCAACGGUAUAUUCCUGAUGCAAUGGUACAAUCCUUUAAAUAAGUUUAUGUUUUUGAAGCAAUUUGAAUUUUAUCUUCCAUCUAAAUUAGAUGUCUUUGAGAUGAUGAUAACUCCUGACCUCGAAUACCCGAUGCUCUGUGUUGGUGUUAAACGUGGUUAUGAUGAUAAUUACCUGAGACUGGAAAUUGUAAAUCUUAAUUCAUCAGCUAGUUGGUUUAAUGAUGAUUUCAACGACGGGACAGAGACUAUCAUUCAUAAAUAUGAUCAGUUAAAUAUUGUAAAUGUUACUCAAUUAGAUAAAGAGACUAUUUUAGUAUGUCAUGACAAUAAUGUUAAACUUGUUAAUUUAGAUGGUAAACUGAAAUGCAAUCGUAAACAACCAGCCGAGUUACAAUUUGACUUUAAAAUUGAGUCCAUAGUUAGUCUAACUGACUGUGUUUUAGCCUUCCAUAAGCACGGGAUGCAAGGACGAAGCUUCAAAAAUGCUGAAAUCGUUCAAGAAAUUAACGACGAAUCAAGAUGUUUCCGAUUGCUAGGAGCAGAUAGGGUCAUCGCUUUAGAGAGUCGAUCGCCAUCAGAUCAACCUAAUGCUCCGUCAAACUUGUACAUAUUAGCGGGCCACGAAGCCAGUUAUUAAAACAAUGAUUUAAUCCACUUCGCGAGUUGAUUUUUUUAAAUCCAAUUGCUCAACUCAAAAGAAACCAAUCAAUUCCAUUUCUUAAUGAAAAGAAAAACGAUUUUUAAUCCAUCAGAGGAAUUAAUACUUCUUGAGAAGUGAUUAUUUGCUUUUGCUUCGUAAUCAACAUCUGAAACAAUUAAUCAUAAAUUGAGAAAAGUUAUUCAAGGUAAUAAGAAAGCAAAAUUUAAAUCUAAUAUUAUAUUGAACAAAUCUGUAGAUUACAUUUAAUCAUAUCUCUCUAUCUCUCUCUCUAAUACACACUUAUUAUCAUCACAAUCACUUAUUAUUAUUAUUAUUAUUAUAUUAUUGUUAUAUUAUCA